CACUUUCAAACACGAAAUCCGGAAGAAGAAGAAGAAACACUCACACACACCCAAAACCCUAAAAACACAUACUUUCCGUCAAACCCACCGCCGAAUCAUGGCGGAGCUAAAAGUGUCAUCAGAACUCAAAGAUCUAACACGAAUCGAAAGAAUAGGCGCACACUCACACAUCCGUGGGCUAGGUUUGGAUUCAUCGUUAGAGCCACGCGCCGUUUCAGAAGGCAUGGUGGGUCAAACUCAAGCUCGAAAAGCCGCCGGAGUAAUAGUCCAAAUGGUCAAAGAAGCCAAAAUAGCCGGUCGAGCCGUUUUACUAGCGGGUCAACCGGGAACAGGAAAAACCGCAAUUGCAAUGGGGAUGGCGAAAUCGAUAGGACUGGAGACGCCGUUUGCGAUGUUGGCAGGGAGCGAGCUUUACUCGCUCGAAAUGUCGAAAACAGAAGCAUUAAUGCAGGCAUUUAGGAAGGCAAUUGGGGUUAGGAUUAAGGAAGAAACUGAAGUAAUUGAAGGGGAAGUUGUUGAGAUACAGAUUGAUCGGCCUGCGGUGGCUGGAGGCGUGUCGAAAAGCGGGAAAUUGACGUUGAAAACGACGGAAAUGGAGACGGUUUAUGAUUUGGGUGGGAAGAUGAUUGAAGGGUUAGGGAAGGAGAAAGUGCAGAGUGGUGAUGUGGUUGUGAUUGAUAAGGCUUCUGGGAAGAUAAGUAAACUUGGGAGGUCGUUUUCGAGGUCUAGAGAUUACGAUGCAAUGGGACCGCAGACUAAGUUUGUGCAGUGUCCUGAUGGUGAGUUGCAGAAGAGGAAGGAGGUUGUUCAUUGUGUUACUCUUCAUGAAAUCGACGUUAUUAACAGCAGAACGCAAGGGUUUCUUGCUCUUUUCACUGGUGACACUGGGGAAAUACGAGCUGAGGUAAGGGAACAGAUUGAUACAAAGGUUGCAGAGUGGCGUGAAGAAGGAAAGGCAGAGAUCAUUCCAGGUGUUCUCUUCAUUGAUGAAGUCCACAUGCUUGAUAUCGAGUGUUUUUCAUUCUUAAACCGUGCCUUAGAAAAUGACAUGGCACCAAUACUCGUUGUUGCCACCAACCGAGGAAUCACAACUAUUCGAGGCACAAACUACAAAUCCCCUCAUGGGAUUCCAAUAGAUUUCCUAGACCGCCUCCUCAUCAUCUCUACACAGCCAUACACAGAAGACGACAUUCGCAAGAUUCUUGAUAUAAGGUGUCAAGAGGAAGACGUCGAUAUAUCUGAAGAUGCAAAGGUUCUGCUGACCAAAAUUGGAGUUGACACGUCCCUAAGGUAUGCCAUAAACCUUAUAACAUCAGCUUCAUUGGCUUGCCAGAAGAGGAAAGGGAAAAUUGUGGAGAUGGAAGAUGUUAGCCGAGUGUAUGGGCUAUUUUGGGAUGUGAAGAGAUCGACACAGUACUUGAUUGAGUAUCAAAGUCAGUACAUGUUCAAUGAAGCAACAACAGCAGAGGAAGAUGAAGCCGACAUGAUGGUUUGACAAGGUGGUUGUAAUGGUGCAUUUAGUUUAAUGUCGAGUCUAUUGUUUUGCAGAGUCUGUUUAUGGUCUGAAAUUGCAAUAUUGAACUGAACAUUAAGGCAGCAGCUAAUUUUAUCCAGUUGUCAGAUUAAUAGUGCUGUUUGAUCUCCA